UCUUCCCAGUGUCUCGUCGCCGUUGAUUUCGAGGAACCAAGGUUUCUUUCUUCUUUGGCCGGUUCUCUGCGUCAUUAUUUACCACAACCACGUUCACGUCCGCUUUCUGCAGCUAUCCGGCCUCGUGGGAGCCAGACACGCAUAUCUUUACAUCUUGCUAGGGACUCCCCCGUUUCUUGACCUCUGCAUCUGCACUAUUUGUACCCGACUACAUACAUCUACAUGAAGCACCGCGAAUCUUAGACGCAGGCUUCUCUGUCAGUUGGGUUCACUACUAUCCGUACCGACCUAACCCGCUCCCUGACUCGGCCCGCUCACCCCUCGCGUUUUGGCCAAACAUCAACAUCGAACCACACCCCCGGGCCUGUUCUUAUCACCACCACUCUACCUACCUAAGCCCAACUCGUUGCAUAAGGUGGCUCACAACUUUUUGUGUGGCUCUCUCGAAUCGUCCACCAAGCCUUGGAUCGAGAUAGCAUCCCGUGGCUCUCAGCCACAAGCGUAGUUCCUGUGCUCGCCUGCGACUCUGGCAGCUUCGACGGCUUCUACCAUCCCGCGCCGCCGACGCCCAAUAAGCCAACGCUCUCGUCACUUUGUCCUCGAUCGGCGGCUGCUUGCGCACUCGAGCGCUCUGCAAAGGGUGUCCCCUUCGCCGGCUUCGUCCACGGGCCAGUGCAGCUCGACGAGGUUCAUUCGACUUGUGCUCUCCGCCGCCUUGCAACUUGUCCAAGGCCGUCCACCGCGGCGCUCGUUAAUCUUCGCUUGCAGGGGGUCCCGGGCUCUGCUCUCGCCCGAAGUCUGUCCCCUUUGUUCAGCUCGAACCACACUCACCCCCCCUACCGAGCCGAGCACCAAACGACAUUCCCACCCAAGUUCCAACGCUCUCCUCUCGGAAGGUCUUCGUUUCCUCCGGGCUGGUCCUAGUUCGACAAGGGACGAUCCCCCGUUGUUUGUGGUUCGAGCCGAUCCAGUUAGCCAACAUUCCUGGCUGCCCGCUACCAACCAACCCGCGAACCCUGGCCGUCCUGCUAGGAAGACAAGAGAGAGAGAUAUUGGACUGAUCCACACGAAACAUUAACCCAUCAUGCUAAGCCGUCACGCCGCCGCCGCCGCCGCCUCCACACCCGACUCCCAAAUGUCUGUCCCACGCCCAGCUACGCAUCACUAUUCUGGAAUGGGCGGGACUCAAACACUACCGUACCGUGCACAUGGUCCUUCGAGCAGUGGUCCAGAAGACGAACCCUCCUCCCCGAUCGCUACCCCCGGUGCUACCAUAGACACCAAGCCGCCUGUCCUUCCAGAGCCGUGUCGCGUUAGCUCGCCUGGUCCCGAUCGAAGCUUUCCCCGGCUACGAUCAGGUCACCAUCAAAGACAGCAAUCCGUCCCAAACUUCCCAUCCUCCUCAUACGGCACCUACUCCAUCCCCCAGGUCACCGUAUCGCCGUCCAUUGAGAGAGGGAGCGGCCGUCCCCUAUCGGUCACCAUGCCACUCACCGGAGAUAAUAGGAGCGGUGGAAGAUCAUCAGAUGCCGGACGAGGCGGUAUUUUGAGCGGCUGGUUGGGUUCUGGGUCUUCCAAUACGGCGGAAGACAACAGCUCAAAGACUCGAGUAGCCAGGAUAAACGAAAACACACCAGAGGGGGCGCCUACGAACAAAUUACGCAGGAGGCAGACAGGCUCUACCGAGACGACACCAAAAGUCACGUCGCCAAGCACAUCACGAUUUGCCUUCUUCAGCUCGCCUUUCUCCAAGAACACACCAACCCAAGUCGAUCCCAAGCAGGACGAAGAGCUACUAUCACUCAACGUCCAAGACGCUCUGUUCCCUCCGUCAUCUCCAACCCAUCGAGAUGCCUUCUCGCCCGCCGCGUUCAAGAACCUUGAAGUAACCGCCGUUGGCCUGUUGACGAAAUUCCAAAGCGCCUAUCAAAGACAGAACGCCGCCCUUCGGGAGUUACGCAUCGAAAAAGACGCCCAGAACGACGAGCACGACGAGGCGGAUACACGGAUUCAGCAUCUCAAAGUCCAGCUGGAAAACAUGGCCUCCAAGGUCGCUGAGCAGGAGCAGUCGAUGCAGCAGCUCAUGGCGGAGCUGAAAGCCGAGAAGAAGGCAAGACACGAAGAGCGAAUGAUGCGCGAACGGGACCGUCCCAUCUCCGAAGGGUCCUCAAUAUCGGAGGAUCUCGGCGUCGACGAUGACCAGGCCAGGCGGAAGUGGAGGAAGAGCGCGGGUUUCGACACGGACGAGGAGAGCGUCGAGGAUGUGAGUGUCUUCUCGCGAUCGCGGAGCCCCACCACCGCCGCCCCUAGCGUAUUCGAGGGAAGCAUCGCGGAGAUGUCACCGGCGCCGCAACCGCACAAGGCCAACACACUUGGACCGCCAAGGGCGACGCGGUCAUCCAUUCAAAAGACCACGCCGCAGCAGACGAGCGUCUUCCAAAAGCUCAUGCGAGGGGUUACCGGCGACGCUGCGAAGGAGGAAGAUGGCUCUUCGUCAUGUGCGAAUUGUUGUGGACGAGACGAGCGAGCGGCAUGGGAUACCGUCAGUCUGCUGAGGGACGAGAACCGUGGUUUGAAGCAUCGCGUGGCGGAACUGGAGACGUGCGUGGACAGUGCAUUGGAUGCGGUCAACGGCAUCAGGCUCGAUUGAUCGGAUUGCUUCUGGAAUGCAAAAAUCGAAAAAUGGAUGCUGAAUAUCUGCGACAUGACGGCGUUUUUCGGUUUGGAUUUCGGAGUUGUUUGGGAUCAAGGUUCCCCUGGGAUAAUUAACGGACAACGCGAUACCAAUGAGCUGGCAUUGUUGACGUUUGGUGAUGUACGACAUAUACCUCCUCACACGAGUCGAUAACUAGAGAAUGAACAAUGUGUC